UACACAUCUUCUCUUAGACAAAUUACUCUCUCAUUCUCUCAAAAUUUUCCAACAAAUUCUCAAUUUAAUGGCUUCAGAAUCAGAAUUAUCAGCUACUGAGGCAUCAUCAUUCAUUGAAAAUUUGAUCAAUUCAAGAAACAGAGACUUUUCUCUGUUUUUACCCUUUGUUUUAGCUUUCACAAACUCGUCAAUUUCUUCAACUCCAGUUCAAGAUUCAACUAGCCCAGAUCAAGAAACACAAGAAUCAACAACCCCAUCUGAUUUUCUUGAUCGAAUAAUACUUAUAAACCCUUUAACACAAGGCAUGGUUGUUAUAGAAAACCGGUCUUCCUCUUCGAAUUUUGAAUCUUUUUUGAGUGAUUUGUUGGGAAAAGAUGGUCCGCCACCAGCUUCAAAAGCAUCAAUUGAAGCACUACCAAAUGUGGAAAUUUGUGAAGAAGAAAAAGGGGAGUGUGUUAUAUGUUUAGAGGAGUGGGGAGUUAGUGGUGAUGAGGUUGUGGUUAAAGAAAUGCCAUGUAAGCAUAGGUUUCAUGGGAAUUGUAUUGAAAAAUGGCUGAAAAUUCAUGGGUCAUGUCCUGUUUGUAGAUAUAAGAUGCCUGAAGAAGAAGGUGAAUUGAAUAAUAAGAGUGAAAAUAGUGGGAGGAGAAGAGAGAUUUGGAUGAGUUUUGGUUUAGGAAAUGAUAGGAGAAAUGCUGAGAAUAAUCAAACGGUUUCAGGUAAUUCAAGUUCGGAAAAUGAGCAUGAUCAUGAACCAGAGGUUUAGAGAGGCAUUUUUUUUGAAUUCUUUUUGUUUUUUUAGUUUCAGCAUCUUUGUUUUCUUUUGGAAUAACAUUUGUAUAGGGGCACAUUUUGUAGUUGGUUGGAUUGUGAAAUGAAAGAUGAUUUUUCAAGUUUAA